GCCUGGUCGAACCGUUUGGAACACUUUCUGCUUCCUUUUGAGAGGAUUAGAGAAGAGGAGGCUGUGCGAGGAGAAUUUUAGAGAUAGCAGGGAGGCAGAUGAAGCAGCAGAACCCAGACAGAAAGUAAGAGGUAAAAGGAGGCUUGUGAAGAUAGCUGGCACUUUUUUAUGAAAUCUCUCUUCUUCAUUCAUGUGUCACUCUGGCUGUGGAUUCACAGACUUUGAGGCCAAACUGAAACUCAAGGAGCUUUGGAGCCACGUCUUAUGAGCUGUGGAGGCAUUUGCCUUUCAGAGAGAUAGAAUUCAAAUGAUGGAGAUGAUGGUUUAAAAGUGAGGUGAGAAACUGAUCAGACUUCUUGUAAAGAGGCUUUCUGUUGGGCUGCCAGCUGUGUCAGUCCGUGCUUAUUUGUGUUUGGUGUGAUCUCCAUGCAGCUGCGGACUGGUGAGCAGCUGACAACAAUCUGAGGCAACUUUCAGCACAAACUCCUUACAUUCCUUUCCAUUUCAGUGAUUGAAUCCACACCGAGAGCGUGUGAUUGCUCAGAGAAAAAAAAAAAAAUUAUAGACAGUUAUCAGCCUCCAGCAGUUUUUUUAAGCACGUCACUUGUCCUUACUGAUGAACGUCAGAAACAAUUGACUGUUAGUUUAGCCGUGAUAGAGUUCCCAUCACUCUAUUGACAGUGGAUCGCUAUGCCAUUCUCCAGAGAGUGACAGAAAAAUCCCACAUUUGAUUUGACUUUAUUGAAUUUUCCCUUAAGCUUUAAAGUGUUUCCAAGUCCAAAAGUUAGCUGAGGACAGCCACAAGGCUAAAAAUGGUCUUUGCGGUUUUGAGCCCGACAACAGAGCUUUGUUCAAAGUUAUGGCAGCACGUCAUGCUCUGAUAGCCCCUGAGUGAUGGACCCAACGAGCAAAAGUUCAGCCCCUUUCACACCAUUGGAUUACAGAAGAGUCUGCAGCCUGCUGCAUCUACAGUUGAAGUUUUGACCCUCCUGCAGGCUCAGACACUAAAGGAGUUCAUAAAGUUGCAUUGGAUCACCUUUAUAGAAAUAUAAUCACUAGGUGAUUCCCUCUACCUUCUGUUUGACUGGAACAAUGAGGCAGAUAGCUGAUCAGCUUCCCUGGAUUUCGCCAACAUUCCUGCCUUGUUUUUCCUGAAAAUGGAAACACUGGAGUCGGAGCUGACCUGUCCAAUCUGUCUGGAGCUUUUUGAGGACCCGCUGCUCUUACCCUGCGCUCACAGCCUUUGUUUCAACUGUGCACACCGAAUCCUGGUCUCCCACUGCACCCCCAGUGAGCCGAUUCAGUCCAUCAGCGCCUUUCAGUGCCCGACGUGUCGCUAUGUCAUCUCCCUCAACCAGAGGGGCCUAGAGGGACUCAAACGCAACGUGACCCUGCAGAACAUCAUCGACCGCUACCAGAAAGCCUCCUUGAGUGGACCCAACUCUCCCAGCGAGACUCGCCGUGAGCGAGCCGGCCCUGAACAAAAAGCCAUGUCGUCCCCCGCUGACCAGGUUCAGUGUCAGUUCUGCGAGCAGGACCCUCCGCAGAACGCGGUGAAGACGUGCGUGACCUGUGAGGUGUCGUACUGCGAGGAGUGUCUCAAGGCCACCCACCCAAACAAGAAGCCUUUCACAGGCCACCGGCUGAUCGAGCCGUUGCAGGAUUCCCACCUCCGAGGGAUCAUGUGUCUGGAGCACGGAGACGAGAAGGUCAACAUGUACUGUGUGACGGAUGAGCAGCUGAUCUGUUCAUUGUGCAAACUUGUCGGCCGGCAUCGAGAUCACCAAGUGGCAGCCCUCACUGAUCGCUAUGAGAAACUCAAGAAACCCCCCCACCGCUCUCUCUGCAUGGGGCCUGAUCACUCACAGCAGGAGGCAGACCAGAAAACCUUGGAUUCCAACCUUAGUAAUCUAAUCAAGAGGACCAGUGAGCUGGAAAACUUGAUGGGCAAACUUAUCCAAACCUGCCAACAAGUGGAGGUGAAUGCAUCAAAGCAAGAGAGGAAGCUUCAGGAGGAGUGUGACCUGCUGGUUAACAUCAUUCAACAGCGACGGCAAAUCAUCGCAACCAAGAUAAAAGAGGGAAAGGCUAUGAGGCUGAGAAAGCUAGCGCAACAAAUAGGCAGCUGCAAGCAGUGCAUCGAGAGGUCAUCCUCCCUCAUCUCUCAGGCUGACCAAACCCUCAAAGAGAGCGACCACGCUUCCUUCCUUCAGACGGCUAAAAGCAUCUGUGAGAGAGUGUCUAUGGCAACAGCCUCCUCUCAAAUCCUGUUGCCAGAAAUUAACCUGAAGGAUGCUUUUGAUACCUUCACUUUGGACUUCACAAGGGAGAAGAAAACACUAGAAAGCUUGGAUUACCUGACAGCCCCAGACCCACCGGUAAUCCGCGAGGAGCUGUGUACAGCCUCAUAUGACACAAUCACGGUUCACUGGACAUCGGAUGAUGAGUUCUCAGUUGUGUCAUAUGAACUUCAGUACACCAUCUUCACUAACCAGUCUAAUGUUGUCAGUUUGUGCAACUCCAUUGAUAGCUGGAUGAUUGUUCCAAACAUCAAGCAAAAUCAUUACACUGUUCAUGGACUCCAAUGUGGGACCAAGUACGUUUUCAUUGUGAAGGCCAUAAACCAGGCUGGAAGCCGGAGCAGCGAACCAGGAAAACUCAAAACCAACAGUCAGCCGUUCAAGUUGGACCCAAAGUCAGCUCAUCGGAAGCUUAGGGUGUCUCACGACAACCUAACAGUUGAGAGGGAUGAGACUUCGUCCAAGAAGAGCCACAAUCAAGAACGAUUUUCCAGCCAUAACAGCUACGGAGUCACGGGAAAUGUCUACAUUGACAGUGGUCGUCAUUACUGGGAGGCUCUGAUUGGAGGAAGCACCUGGUUUGCUGUGGGGAUUGCCUACAAGUCGGCACCAAAGCACGAGUGGAUUGGCAAAAACUCCGCCUCGUGGGUUCUGGCUCGCUGCAACAACUCGUGGGUCGUCCGUCACAACAGCAGGGAGAUUCCCGUCGAGCCUUCACCGCACCUGCGGCGACUCGGAGUGCUGUUGGACUACGACUCCGGAUCUCUGUCCUUCUACGACGCCGUUGCCUCUCAGCACUUGCAUACAUUUGAAAUCAGCUUCGCCCAGCCGGUGUGCCCCGUCUUCAACGUGUGGAACAGAUGUCUGACCAUCCUCAGUGGACUGCCUGUGCCGGAUCACUUAGAAGGGACAGACUACAGCCACUGAGGACACUUGAAGGACUUUUUUGUAUCCAAAAAUAAACAUACAUUGAAAUUCAUUGGAGUUAUUUAAGACAUUAAUAUGCACUUCUUAUUUUUAUGUUUUGUUUUGCUUUGCACAAUAGGUAUUUGUUGGGUAUUUUAAGGCUAUUCUUAUAUUUUUUUAAAUCUAGAUAUUUGCAAAUGAACUCCAAAUAAUAAUUUUUACUAGUAUUUUGGUAUUUUUAAACUCUGACUUUAAUAUGACCCCCUUUUACUCACGUCCUAAUAUAAUGAACCUUUAAAGAGUUGUUUUUUUUCAAUUUUAUUUUGUAAUAUUUGUCUCUUGAACUUUAAUUCUUAAGGUUUUAAAGAGUUCUUUUAAGCGAUGCACUUUGAAAGACAAAUUGACCACCAUGAAAUGUGAACCAUUUCUUGACCUCUGUGCUCUGAAAGAAUGCACUCGAAUAAAGUGAAUUAUUAAGAAGGCAAUAAAAUAAAUUCAUUUCACACUUUUAUUCACAUUUGACCUAAUUCUUCAUUGUAUUUAUUAUUUUUAAAAGUGUUUCCACAGUUCAGAACUGUUUUAAUCUUAUGACUAUGAAAGCUGCAAAUCUUAACCACCAUUUUUCUAUUAGAUUUUGUCAAAAUUUGAUUAAAGGAACAUCUUGUGUUCUGUGUGGCAACAUGCCUUGUUUUAUGACACCUGCACUACAGACACACAUUUGUCUUUUUUUGUUUAAAUGGUGCAAAAAAGGGCUUUUACCAGUGUUUACACACUUAUAUCUUUAAUAUAUCAGGCAGAUUUGAACAAUACUGAGAAAAUACUAAGAAUAUGAAGAGAAAUGUCAGAUUGCUUGCAGUACAGGACUCCGUCUGACCUGCACUAAGGCAAAAUGCCACCCCUGACAGAUUCACUCUGGCAUCUCUUUUUGUACUGGCGUAAUGUGCCUUGAAUUCUGUAGCGUCUCGUUUCAACAAAGAAGAAGACAAGGGUUAAAAAAAAAAAAAAAA